AAUGAGCGUGCCUGUAAACCGGAAGUCGAUAAGUGCUCUUCACUUCCGGACUGAAGCACAACUUUAUUCAGCAUCCUUCGGGGUUGUAAUCAACGUCUUUGAUGUCAGAAGACUUGGCAAGGAAGCUUCAUCAGGCAAUAAAAGACAACAAUUUAACAGCUGUUGACAUCAUUUUACAAAAUGAAGCACAGAGAGCAGAUGCUAGCUAUACAGUGGAUAAUAAAUCAGCUCUAGGUACUGCUGCUGAGGGUGGGAGCUGUGCCAUCACAGAGCUGUUGAUUAAACAUGGAUGUGACAUCAAUGUAGGGGCGGCCAUCUUGAAGUCUCCAGUAUUCUUAGCGGCAAGAUGUGGGCAUCUUGAUCUUGUCAAACUUCUUGUCAAGUCUGGAGCAAAUCUGUCACUUAGAAAUGCAGCAGGUAACACCCCCUUCCACGAGGCCUGUCUGAAUGGUCACCUGGACAUUGUGAAGUACCUGAUGAGUCUGCCUGGCUGUGAUGUCAAUGACCGCACUAAUGGAAAGGAGACACCUCUUCAUAUGGCCUCCUUAAAGGGGCAUCUGGAUAUUGCCAAGGAACUGAUAAAGGCCGGAGCAGACCUGUUUGCUGUGAAGGGUGGCGUGGGACCCAGUGCUAUACAUUUAGCCACGGCCAGUGACAGAGCCGACAUCAUAGAUCUCCUGAUCAACUCCGGAGUGGAUGUGGAUACAGCUAUACAGGAGAAUGAUCGGACAGCGAUCCACAUUGCCAGUAUCAGUGGAUCUGUCAAAGCUGCUAAAAUCCUUAUCUCCCAUAACUGUGAUGUGAACAAGAUCAGUAUAGAAAAUGAUGAGAUGAAAAGUCCCCUUUUAAAAGCUGUUGAACUGAACAAGACCGAGAUAGCCCGACUGCUGAUUGACGCAGGGGCGGACCUUGACCAUGGUGAUCACUACGGAGCCACACCCCUUAUAAUGGCCACUCACUUCCACAACCUGGAGCUUGUCUACUCGCUUGUACAGGCUGGUUGUAAUGUCAACAAGAAAACAAAGAAUGGAUUAACUCCCUUUAGAAUAGCUCUUCAACCUUAUCCCAAUGUCUGGAUGAUGAAUCUGUUUAUAAUGGCAGGUGCAGUUGUUUCGGACCACAAUUUGUCGAAUUUGAAAGAGAUGUCGACCCAGAAGUCCUACUUUAGUGCUGAGGAUAUGUUAUACUUAGUGACGUUAGCUCGUAAUCCAUUUUCGCUUAAGAAUUGUUGUCGUAUUGCAAUUCGUUCAGUAUUAAAGAAACCUGUUUGUAACUCUACAGGAAAUCUGCAAUUACCUUCCCAGCUGACAGAUUUUUUACAUCUGAAGGAAUUGGAGGAAUCGAAAGUUAGAUAAGAUCCAGAACAUAGGUUGCCCUUGGACUGCGAGUCCCCACUGUAAAUUUUACUACGACUGCUGUGCAGUGUAAAUUUUAUACCGUCAUAUUGAAAACAGUGAUGUGAACUUUGACCUCAGUUUUGUCAUGCUGCUGUAUGAAUGUAAAGACUUGUAGCAGGAGAAAGAGAAAUACAAUGGCCAGACCAGGGUUAAAACCUGGGGCCCUCCGAACUCUAGAUGGAUCAUCCACACUUCACAAAUUGAGCUUACCUGGUCGCCGAUAUUCGACCCAGACCAGUUCCUGUACAGACUGUUACUGAAUCAUCAAACAAAGUAUAUUAUCAGAACAUUUAUUAACAGUUUGACAAGAGCAGUGAUCUGACCUUUGAUAUUACUUUUUGAGCAGGUGAUAAUAAGACAAGAAUGUUUGCUGCUUAUAUAAUUAAUUGUAUACUAUAUGAACAAAAUCAUGAUCUUUAAUUAAUUCAAUCCAUUUGGUAGCUUCGUCAAUGCAUGUGCUUCGCAGAUGUCUGCACUUCAUUUUGAAUCGGUGGAAAUCUCGUUGAAAAGGGUUAUGUUGUGUUUUUAUUUUAUCGUAAGUAAUUUUUGAUCAAAAUGAGUUUUUUUACACAAUUUUAGGCAUGUUGGCAUGAGGAAAGGGUUCUUGAGUAGGUGCAAUUAUAGUAUACAUAUAAAAAAAAAAAAGACUGU